AUGGCGCGCGGUCCUGAAUCGAAGCGGAGACGAUUGAGCCCACCGGGCGAUGGGGAGGCUGCCCGCUCCAAAGCCGACGAAGAAUGGGACGUCGAGCAAGACUACGAACGCCGCCCGCGCAAAACCACCAAGAAAGCCGGCGAGAGUGCACGACUACCGAUCAAGACAUCCGAGGGUUUUGUCCAAGCUGAGGUCGAAAAUGAAGUCGAAGACCAGGGCGAAGAAACCGACAGCUUUCUGGGCACCGACGACGACGAAGAUGAAGAGGAAGAAAAUGAAGAGGAAUCCGAAGAAGAACAGCCCAAGAUUCCCGUGAAGGUACAAAUCAUACAAGCAAAGGAGGAGCUUGCAAAGAUGGCGACUUUGAUCAAUGAGGAACCCGAGGAACACACUUCUCUGUUCAAGACAAUGGCGGAGAUGGUAUCGAAGAAGAACACAUGCGUCACAGUCAAGAAGCUGGCUCUUGCUUCACAGGCGGCUAUCUACAAGGAUGUCAUCCCUGGAUACCGUAUCCGUCCAUUGAGCGAGGAAGACAAGACUGGCAGAGUGUCAAAAGAAGUGCGCAAGCUUCGCGACUUCGAACAGGCCCUAGUCGCAGGAUACCGAAACUAUGUCCAAACUCUGGGCGUGCUGGCAAAGGGAUCCAAGGAUGGCUCUAUCGACCUUUCUCUGAGAAGUUUCGCGAUUGCGAUGGCUUGCACUAUGCUGCUGGCCGUGCCCCACUUCAACUUCCGUAGCGAAUUGUUAAAGAUUCUGGUGAACCGCCUUGCCCGGAGACAGGUUGAUGCCGACUACGUCAAGUGCCGUGAUACAUUGGAAGAUGUGUUCGCACAGGACAACGAUGGCACAGUUUCCCUCGAAGCCGUGGCCUUAAUCGCAAAGAUGAUGAAGGCCAGAGACUUCCACAUUCACCCCAGUCUCCUGGACACAUUCCUUCAUCUCCGUUUGCUCGGCGAGUUCCACCUGAAGGGCUCGCAAGACCGAGUCGACCGCCAAGAAGAAGAGCACGUGGGAAAGAAGCCAAAGCAGAAGCGGGAAUUCCGUACCAAGCGCGAGCGCAAGGUGGUCAAGGAGCGCAAGGAAGUUGAGAAGGAUAUGCGCGUAGCAGAGGCCGUCGUAUCACACGAGCAAAGAGACAAGAACCAGGCCGAAACGCUAAAGCUUGUAUUUGGUCUCUAUUUCCGCAUUCUCAAGCUCCGUCUUCCCCCUCUGAUGGGUCCCGUUCUGGAAGGAUUGGCCAAAUACAGCCACCUCAUCAACCAAGACUUCUUCGGUGACCUCCUCGAGGCUCUGAAGGAUCUCAUCAACCACGCCGAACGCGAGGAAAUGGGCGAAGAAGGCGAUCAGGAAGUUACCCGCGAAGAGAACGAGGACGAAGACGAAGCCACCAUUGUUGAGACAGCCGCUCGCGACGCUCGCCGAAGGACGCUCCUCUGCACAGUGACUGCCUUCGCCCUGCUAGAAGGCCAAGAAGCCAGCAAAGCCGCCGCAGGUCUCCACCUCGACCUGAACUUCUUCAUCAAGCACCUCUACCGCUCCCUUUACUCCCUCGCCAUGAACCCCGAAGUCGAGUUCAACCCGGACACGUCGCUCCGACUCGCCGAUCCCAACUUCUCUUCCGACGCAACUCAGCUCGCUCAAUCCCGCUCCAAGAACAGAGUCAACUUCCAGACACCCAUGGUCCUCCUUCUCCGUUGUCUGCAGCCGACCCUGUUGUCCCGUGCUCACGGUAACCCGCCCCCUGCCCGUCUGGGCAGUUUCUCAAAGCGUCUUAUGACUACUUCGUUGCAGUUGCCAGAGAAGUCUGCUCUUGCUACCCUGGCACUUAUGGGUCAGGUUUCGAAGUACCACGGCCGUCGUAUCAGUUCACUGUGGCAUACCGAGGAGCGUAAGGGUGAUGGUGUCUUCAAUCCCCGUGCUAAUGAUAUUGAGGCUACCAAUGUGUUUGCCGGUACAGUGUGGGAAGGCGAAUUGCUGCGUCGGCAUUACUGUCCGCAGGUGCGGGAGGCGGCGAUUGAUAUCGAAAAGAUGAUGAACAAUUCCAAGUAA